CUCAUUUUUUGCGUACUAUCGUCACUAAACAACAAUAUUCUAAAUACUUACGCACACUCAAACACGCACGAUGAAGGAGGUUAUCACUUUGCAAUUUGGCGAGCAGGCCAACUACGUCGGCAUGCACUACUGGAACAUGAUGCAAGCAGCGGCACUGCUCAGCGCAGACACGCAGACUCAAUACCCGGUGGACAUGGACACGCUAUACUGCGAGCGACCGGGUCUGCUGGAAAGUGCACAGCGGGAGCACCAGGCAUACGCGCCCCGCGCGCUGAUAUUUGACAAAGUUGGCAAUUUCGGAUCUCUCGAUGACCAGGACACAGAUGCCAAUAAGCGCAAGGCCGAUCAGGAGGAGGGCACGCAGUGGGGCAGCGGUACGCAGCAAACUGAGGUGUACCGGCAGCCGCUGUACUCUCGGCGCCCGAUCUCGGACGUGCACGAGAGCAAUAUACGGUUCUGGUCCGAUUACGCCGAAUUGAACUACCACCCACGCACGCUGAAUUCUGUAUCGGGUGUUGAGUUUGGCAACAGUCUCGGGCAGAUGAACACAUUCCAGGAGGGGCAGGGCGUGUUUGCCGGAGAGAACUCUAGGGAGGACGUGUUGGAGGGCCGUAUGCGCGAAUUCGCCGAGGAGUGCGACCAAAUCCAGGGAUUCCAGGUGCUGGCUGAUGCCUACGGCGGAUUUGCUGGAUAUGCAUCGGCUUAUAUGGAGAAAGUGCGCGAGGAGUUUCCCAAGACCACCAUUGCCCUGUAUAAUGUCAGUGGAUCGACCGUGGAGAGCAUGGAGGUGGCGCACCAGAUGGACGCGGCCAUAUCCCUGGCUACGGCGCUUGAACUGGGCGUGCCAAUGGUUGUGCCUCUCUUUGCGCCCUCGCAUAUGGAUCGGCUGCGGCCGGGGAUUGAUGUUCGCAGUGGAUUGUUCCAGAACAGCGCAUUCCUCGCUAUGAAUGUUGCUCAAUGGAGUCAUCCAUUGCUCACGCGCGUGCGGUCCCUGGACGAGAUCGUCGAUCAGACCACGCAGCAGCAGUACUUCAGACUGGCAGAGUCCCUGCUCGCUCCCGGAAUUCAUAUUGGAGAGGGUGCCAAGUUUGAACAGUUGGGCGGGCUGCUCGGGAGCCAGUUUGCUGCCUGCUCCGCUGUAGAGGUUGGAGCUGUGGAGAGGCUGGCUGGACAGCUGUUUGUUGAUCGUGGAACGGCGCUCACAAGGGUAGUGUCGGAGAGAUAUGAUCAUUCGGCGUAUCUGGACUGCAAGUCACCCGUGGCGUUGUCCAGAUCGUUCCCGCCGAUCUUCCGCGGAAUCUCGUCCAACGGAAAAAGGACUACCGACCUGUCCGCUCAGAAUGCUCAUCAGAAUGCUCAGCCUGCCAUCAGCCCAGAACGUCCUGAGAGUGUCGGUGUGGCAGGAUUGCUGUGCACAACAACAGGCUCGACAAAGUUUGUUGAGAAGCUGCACUAUUCACUCAAGACUGAACGGUCCAAGCAUCUAAAGGACUAUGAGCGUGAAUCAAUACGCGAAUUCAGAUACACUUUGGACUCAACCAUCGACAAGUACUCGAGUAUCUGAAUAUGUAUCUUUUUUUACGCAUCUAUUAAGAAAAAUUUCUUUAAAAUUUCAUUAUUCUGGGCUUUUUUUGGACAAUGUUUUUUUUACGAUCGACAGCCAUUUUUUCUGCUCUCUUUGUUUGUGGUCACAAAACAUCCUACAAGCACAAAAAAAAGUUUUUUUCAAAUUGCGCGUUGUCUGUUUAAUGUUCUUAUUGUUAAAAAAACUAUCUGUUUUGUGAUCGACAGCAAUAUAUGGAUGAUAAAAGUGG